UUGUUUUUUGUUUAAGGCAGUAAUGCUCCUUACCGGUGUGUAUGUCGAGCACUUGUGUUUGUUUAUGUUUAAGUCAGUAACUCUCCGCCAGUUGGUUUUUUAAGGUGUUGUGUUCGUUUUAGUGCAUUUUUCUUUUACCCCCUCACUUCAUUUCCGUUUUAUUUUUAAGUUUUUUAGUUUUAAGUUUUUUUUAGCUUUAAGUUUUUUGCACUGUCGGCGUGUUUCUUUCGCUGUGGCGUCCCUGUUUCUCCUCUCGGCGAGCGCGUGCACGUCGCUGCCCCGGCAUGGCGUCCUUCGGGGUCCUCCUCGGUUCUCUAUUGUGCCAGGUUGCGCCGAUAUAUCGGGGCGAUGAUGACGCUGACCCGGCGCGUUUCCUGGCCUCCCGAGAAGCGCUGUGGGCUAUGUAUGGUCAUUCUCCCCGCCACUGGUUCACCCUGUUGGAGCACUCAGUCGAAGGGUCAGCUCUUACUUUUUUGGAGACACAUUUCGACCGUUUCGGCCGUACCCCAGCGCUCUGGACCACCUUCAAGGAGAAGUUCAUCGCCCGGUUUCGUCAGGACGUGUCCGUCGCAGACAUGUGGCUUGCAAUAGCUCGCCGUACGCAGGGCGAGUCCGAGUCUGUCGUUGACUUCGUCACAGCGAUGGAACACAUGCUUUGGCGGGUCAGCAAGAAGCAGCGCAGCGCUCUCUCCGAGGCUGAGAUCGCGAGUACCAUUCAGGCGCGGUUUCGGCCCAACAUCUCGAAGCAUCUCGCCGCCCAGAGGUUUGCGUCAGUCGAUGACCUUCUCACCAUCGCGCGGCGUUUCGAGGAGAGCCCUCGGGAGCUCGAACGAUCUACGCUUUACGCUGUACCAUCAGUGUUGCACGUGGAGGCUGCUCCUCCGUCGCGGCAGCACAGCCCGCCUCGCAGGCGCCACAGCUCACCUCGGAGGGCCUCUAGUCCACCUCCAAGGGCCCCGAGUCCGCCUCGGAGGUCUACCAGCCUCCCCCAGAGGGCGGCCUGCUUCGGCCCGCCGCCUCCGUGGGCGUUCGGUCAUCGACCUCCACCGGGCUUCGAUCCUCUGCCCCAGUACACGGACGUGCCGGGAUACUAUCUCCUCGGCCCUCCGCCCUGGUGCCCUCCAUGGCCUGCUCCGUGGUGCCCGCCCUGGACAGCUGCGUCGUGCCCUCCCUGGACUGCUCCGUGGUGCCCGUCAUCGCCUGCUCCGCCGUGCCCUCCAUGGCCCGCUACGUGGUUUUGCCGAAGGGCGGCCUUCUCCCCGCUCCUCAUGGCCUCCGCACAAGCCAGGGACGUAACUUGCACGUUCUUGGUUGUGCCGAUGUUCCAGUCGUCGUCGGUGCCCUCAGCCUUCCUGUUCGGGUCUUUGUGGUGCGUGGCUUGCGGACGCCCCUCAUCCUCGGCCGGUCCUUCAUCGCACGGCAUGGUGUCCGUUUCGACCACCGGGCCCAAUCGGUGA